AUGGCCUCGGAUGCUUUUCGCUUCCCGUCGCUGGACGAGACACUCAACCACCCAGGCUUUCCCGGCGCCAAAUGGGAUCUCAUACCGGACAGCCAAGGCAAGGCGUCCGUCGCCAAGGACCGCUCGGGGCCGAUUGACAUUUCCUGGCAGAUGCACGGCCAUGGACCUAUCAAGAUUGUGCUCAUCAUGGGCCUCGCCGCCAGCAUGAACGCAUGGCAACGGCAGACGUGCUACUUUGGCCACGACCACGCCGACAAGUACACGAUGCUCCUCCUCGACAACCGCGGCGUGGGCAGUAGCGACAAGCCGCUGGCGCGGUACACAACGACGGAGAUGGCGGCUGACGUGGUCGAGGUGCUGGACCAGAUCGGCUGGACCGCGCCGCGGUCUUGUCACGUCGUCGGCAUGUCCCUCGGCGGCAUGAUUGCGCAGGAGCUGGCCUGCGCGCACCCGCACCGCGUCCGCAGCCUGACCCUGCUCUGCACCACGGCCGCCCUCGAGAGCGACCGGCCCGUCCUCGAGACCCUCUGCGACCGCUUCCACCUGCUCCGCCCCAAGGGCCUCGAGCGCAUCAUCCACGACACCGCCACCCGCCUCUUCCCCCGCGCCUGGCUCGUCGCCCCGGACGAGGCCGCCGGCCUGCCCUCGCCGCAUACUACCCGUCGCUGCGGGCCCUCACCCUCCUCCUCCUCCUCCACCCCCGCCGCCGCCGCCGCCUCCACGACCAUGCUCAAGCCGAAUGACAGCGGCGUCGACCUCUCCCCGCUCUCGGCCGGGUCCAUGGCCGAAGUGCUGGAAAAGGGCCUCGACCUGGACGGCGCCGGCACCGUCCGCGAAAGCGGCGCGUACCGCCGCUUCGGCAGCAACUACCAGCGCUACCAGGCCGAGGAGAUGACCAAGUACUACCCGCCCAACGUCUUUUCGCGGCAGGGCCUGUUGUGCCAGCUGGCCGCCGUCGUCGGCCACCGCAAGUCGGCGUCGCAGCUGCGCGACAUGGCCGACGCCGUCGGCCGCGACCGCAUCCUCGUCCUCCACGGCACCGAGGACCGCAUGAUUGGCGCCAACAAUGGCGAGAAGCUCAUCCGCAUGAUCAAGCCCGCCGUCGGCCUCAUCGUCGACGGCAUGGGCCACGCCCCCAUCAUGGAGCGCGCCGCCUGGUUUAACGAGCUGAUGGAGACGCGGCUGGCCGCCUGGUCGCAGAUGGACUAG